UCUCGGUUACUUCUGCCGGCUCGAGUCUUGGUCUGGGCUACCGAUCAGCUGGUCACGCCAUUUUCUCUUGUCCGGCUAUUGCAUCAUUUGUAUCGUCCCUUCAAAACAUCGCCAACAUGCAGGGCCUUUCCCUUUCCAGCUUGAAGAAACACCCCUCCCUCAUCCCCCUGUAUGUGUGCUUGGGUGCUGGCGUUGCCAUGUCAUUCUUUUAUACAGUGCGGUUGGCCACCAGGAACCCCGAUGUCACCUGGAGGCACGUAGCUAACCCUGAGCCACAGAAGGAGUGGUCAGACAAGCAGUAUAAGUUCUAUUCCCCUGUCCGUGACUACAGCACCUACAGGGCCCCUGUCCCCAAGUUUGAAGAGUAAGGUGCUGGUGGACCUAAGUGCUUCUCCUCUUUUAAAUUAUCUGAAGAAAGGUGUAGGUUUUAGUGUGGGUGAAAUAUCAUGUUUUAUAUGUUGUACCUGGAGAUAUUUUUUUUUUUUUUCCUGGCUAAGGGAAGAGGGAUGCAGAGUUUGAAGUACUUCUUACUGCAAUGUGAACCAACAAUAAUACCUUGUUUGCUGUAAUGUGAACUGACAAUAAUAUCUUGUUUGCUGCAAUGUGAGCUGACAAUAAUUAGUUAGUAGUGAAUGUGCCAACAUGUUUGGCUACACCUUUUGUUCAUCACUCGCUUGUACAGAAUACUGAAGUGUAAGGGAGGAACAACACCUGCCUCCCCUCUGACACUUUAGCAUUCCUCAUGUACAGUUAAGUUGUAUAAAAUAUGUGGAUAAAAUGUAAAGACUAAAUG